CAUUCAGUGUUUUGCUGCGUUCUGAUGAAUAUGAAGAGUCGUGCCUUGACACUGAUGCGAAAUAUUGGCGAUCUGUGGUGACAGUUUCCAAUCCCCCACAGAGAUAAUUAAAUUUUAAUUUUAAAACAAAAUGCACCGAAAGUGUCCACAGGUCACGGAACCGCGUUGUGACUCGGCAGUUUUAUCCUCGUGGCCGGUGGUUUUAAAGACUCUGAUCGCCAACCCGCCACAGCAACUGCUGGAUAAUGAGGAGAAAGACGAGGAAAAAGAGAAGAACGUAGACGAAGCAGCCAGCAGCACCAUGGCAGCAUCUGCCUCCCUCAUGCCAACCAUCUGGGACAAGACGAUUCCAUACGACGGGGAGACCUUCCACCUUGAGUACAUGGACCUGGAUGACUUCCUGUUGGAAAACGGAAUUGCAGGUAGCCCGAGCCACCUCGGCCUGCAGGACGCUCUGGAAAGUAGCCUCUUGCCAGUGGAGGAGCUGGAGAAGAAGGAGCUGGCUCCUACCCUGUACUCAACGGUGAAUUGUGAUGAUUCUGAUGGAAGCCAAUCUGAGCGUACGUCUCCAAGCCCAGUCGACCCAGAGGCGAUCGAUGUGUUGGUGAACUUUGAACCAGACCCUACCGACUUGGUCUUGUCUAGUGUCCCCGGGGGAGAGUUGUUCGAUCCCCGUAAGCACAAGUUUUCUGAAGAAGAACUCAAACCACAGCCUAUGAUUAAAAAAGCGAAGAAGAUCUACGUCCCCCCUGAUCAAAAGGAUGACCGGUACUGGACAAGACGCAAGAAGAACAAUCUGGCAGCCAAGCGCUCCCGGGACGCCCGGAGACUGAAGGAGAACCAGAUCACGGUACGGGCGGCCUUCCUGGAGAGGGAGAACUCGGCCCUGAGGCUGGAGGUGGCCGAGCUACGCAAGGAGGUGGGACGCUACAAGAACAUCAUCUCCAAGUAUAAAGCCAAAUAUGGAACUUUGUAAGGGAGCUUCAGCUGUCUUGGUCAGGGGUGGGAGGUAAUGGUUAUAUAAAAAUUCCCACAGAAAAGGGACUCUCAUAACCUGCUAUUUGAAAAGAGCACAACUUCCUCUUCUCAGCUGUUCCCCAGCACAACCCUCAUAAAACAAGAUGAAUGGCUUUUAAAUAUAUUCAUGGAGUAUAUAUACAUAUAUAACUUUAUAGUAAAUACAAUACUGUAACUCUUCCUGUCAUAUGGGUUUGCCAUGUUACAAACCAGAGGCCUGUCUGCUUAAGGGAAGAUAAUGGAGUUUGGUUUGAUUUUUGUUACUGGAUGGGCCUUUCUUUGUCCAGGACUACACUUCAUGGUAUUGGUUGGCUUAAAGUUGGUUUGUUCCUGCUAUUGGCACCUUUUAACUUACCAGAUCUUUUAAAAAAGCAAAGGGACAUUUCGUUCCCAAAGGAAAAUAAGAACAUAAUGGAUAGGUGUGGGAAUAAUUCCCAGUUCACCUCACUUGCCUCACCAUUAGCUCUUUGCCUUCCCCGAGUGCUCUGCCUGUCCAGCCCUGAGAGUGAUGUGUGACGGUACAUUGUCUUUUCACUUGAAAUCUGUAUUAUCUCUCCUUGUCUGCAUAUUCUCUUAGGCUGCCUACAAUAUACAGCCUACCCUUUCCUCUUGAAGUAAGCACAGCUGUGCUGCUACUUUGCUCUGUGGCACGGUCUGUAGAUGGACACCAACAACGCUCUCCUCGCCCAACUUAUUGUGCAGGGUGAAUUCACAUCUGCUAGAUGUCUGUGGUAGAAAGCCCGUAGGAAAUGAUUGUCCCAACCUAAAGACGGACAGAUUAUGACCUCCCCUGAGCUAGCAAUAGGUUUUAAUGAAGAUUUUUCAUUCUUUCUCCUCUUAAGUUGUGACUUCUGGAGCAUUAGCAGGAUGGCGGAGGGCCUUGAGGUGAGAUUCAUUUCAUUGAUGCCUGCAGUCAACAGUGGCCCUGGGCCCUGUCCUCUUUAUUGUUGCUAUAUUUGCACGGAGCAAGAGCCACAAUGGAGCAGGGGGAUUAAACGUUCUUACUGAGUCAUGAUAGCCACUGCACGCUCUGGGCGACUUCCAGUGCGGGAGCACUGAACCAGGCUCGCAUGAGACGAAAGCAUGCUCACUCAAAAGCCUGCCCUAAAAGAGGGGCCUUCCGCCUGUCGGAAGCCCAUUUGAUUCACCGCACUUGCUGCGUUCUCACAAACAAUCCGAUACGGUUCAUCUGUAAACGUUGGUGGGGCUUGCAAUAGUUCAAGUAUGUUUAUAUUUUAGCACAUCUUGGAUUGGACACAAAGAACCACAGACAGACACAAAAGGUCUAAGCAAGUAGAACAUGACUUUUAAAUGUGUCUGUUAUCUUAGCAUCUGCCAGCUGGUAGCGUAGGGGCAUCGAUAUUGGACUUCGAGGCGAAUGGUCCCGAGUUCGAAUCUGGCAGGCCCCUUGCACACUUUCCAUCCAUGCUGGGGUUGAGUGUCAAGCCAGCAACUCAGACUCGUAAAAAACAGACAAAUGCUGUUGAAACGGCAUAAAAGGAACAAAAUGUCACUUUGCAUUUAAUCAUUUAACAAGAUCUUCUACACUUCUGACUUCACAUCCCUUAUGUACAUAGCUCCCAGGUGAUGUUCAGUCUGACACUGCACUUAACCCCUACCCCUUGGGGUUUCCGGCACACAUGCUAACUCUUUAUUUAGAAGUCUUUUCCCUUAUUGCGUUUAUUUGCUCCCCUUAUUAACUGAAGUUCUGGGAAGUUGAACACAGCAUGCACAUGUUCAAUUAGAUCUUCUUCAGGUGGUUGGUGAUUAUAAAUGCAAAGCAAAAGCAUUUUGUUUUUUUUUUCCGAUGAGAACAAUUCCAUGCAGAGGUAAUUGCUGACGGACUGGCCUGGCGUUGUGCAACAUAUUAUGAAAUCAUAAUUGCUAAACAGGUCUGUUUUAAUUUUGCUUGCUGGGUUUAAACUUUAUUUCCAUCCCCCCAGCACCAGCGUUUAUUUUCCUUCUCAUGUCUGUUUGUAAAGGGAGCACAUUCCAAUGACUGUACAAUCCAUGAGUUGUCUGGGUCAGGGCGAUGGAAAAAGCAAGGCACAAACGUAGCAGCUUCACAAUGGCACAUUCUGCCUGUUAUUAUUGUCUAUUGCUACAUAAGAAGUAAUUUCCAGAGAAGCUUAUGGUGAACGUCGUUUCCAGAAUGUCGGAAUGGUAUGCAGUUUUUCUUCUUUUUCUCUUUUGAGCAGAAUUAGGCCAUUUGGCCUAACGAGUCAGCUCUGCCCUUUCAUCAUGGCUGAUCCAUUUUCCCUCUCAAUCCCAACCUUUGUCUUCUCCCUUCAUGCCCUGACUGAUCAAGAAUCUAUCAACCUCUGCCUUAAAUAUACCCAAUGACGUGGCCUCCACAGCUGCCUGUGGCAGUGAAUUCCACAGAUUCACUACCGUGUGGCUAAAGAAAUUUCUCCUCGUCUCUGGUCCCUUGCCUCCAGUCACGACAUCCUGGCCCAGUGCUUAAAUCAUCGUCCCAACAUCAGGUUAAACCGUUGGGGCCUGGACCUUUCCGAUCCAGCCCAGCGCUUAAAUCAAUUGAAUUGUCAAACAGGAACAAAGUGAAAGAAAAAGGAAAUUCUGACAGUGGUUCUUAAAAUAAAUGAGGAUUUGAAUUUGAUAGAGGGGCAGUUGAUGUCUCCAUGUCGGAAAAUUUCAAAAUAAGUAGAACUGACCUGUAGUUUGUCCAGGACUGAUGAGACAUGGCACUUGCAACCACUUGGGCUGAAUUAUGAAUGUAGCUGGGGGUAUACAUGAGGGAGGAAGGAAUGGGAGAUGAAAUAAAAAGGAUGCAUAAUACCCUGGAUUAUCCCUCUAUAUACUGGGAGAAUCUGUAGUGACAUGCACAGCUCUUGCGCUAAAUUACUAAAUUUUCAUCUGCAAUAUGAGAAAAGAAAUUGAACGCGGAAAACUCAUAAUGCACCAGAGAGCAUCAGCUUUCAAACCACUGACCGAGAUCAUUCACUGUACUCCAGAAGCACUCACCACUGGGUUUCCACAUAUACCAGGAGCAGGGCUUCUGUAAAGUGGCUGAGUGAGCACAAGGAAUGUUAGCAUUGAGUAGGUGACCCCCUCCUAGAUUAAGCGUCUUACUGUCACUGUGUUCGUAACGUUGAGACUGCGAUCGGUGUAAUUGACAAUGGGGACUGCUAUGGCUGUAGGCCCCAACAAUAGCUGUAAGCACAGGUAAUUAAAAAGCUGUGUGGCCAUAUAUAACAUCUUAAAACUGGUGGCUGCAUAAUUCUGCACUCCCCGCUACAGGGUUCUGUUUUUCCGCGGUAACUUUUAACAGCUUGCUUGUAUGAAACAAUGUGCAUUUACUAAAAUAUAUCGAUCUUGUAUAUGAAGCCUCAGUGUUCUGGCACUGUCUCUGCUGUGCAAUUAGAUUUCGCGUGAAUCGGUUAUAUCAACAGAGCUUUUUUAUCAGGGAUGUUGUUACGUAGAAUCACUGUCAUUUUCUGCCUUUUCAGUUGUCUGUUGUUUACUCCGUGAUUGAGGAAAGUUGGUUUUUAACCUUCCGAGAUCAGAAGUGAGCAGUGGAAUGGGUUUAAAGUAUCUACAUUAUGCAGGAACUUCCCAUCUAGUUUCCCUGGAUCUCAGUCCCCAAAGUGGCCAGAUACAAGUGAGUUUAACUGGUUUCAGUGAAGGCAGGGUUGUCUGAGCUAGACUCAUGGUCCCGACCUAUUCAGCGGAUCCACAACUGGCCCCCGCAGCCCGGGGUUAAAGUCAGAAGUGUAGACACGAGGAAUUCUGCAGAUGCUUGAAAUCUUGAGCAGCGCACACAAAAUGCUGGAGGAGCUCAGCAGGUCAGGCAGCAUCUACGGAGGGGAAUAAACAGUCGAGUUUCAGGGUUGAGACACAAAGUCCCGAUGAAGGGUCUCAGCCCGAAACAUCGACAGUUUAUUCCCCUCCAUAGGUGCUGCCUGACCUGCUGAGCUCCUCCAGCAUUUUGUGUGUGUUCAUUAAAAUCAGAAGCACAUUGACAGCUCAGAAGAAGUUGCUCAGCCCAUUAUGUCAAUGCCUCCAAAUCCAGUUCUCCACGUCUAGGUUAUAGUAUCCUUAUCCAGUCUCUCUUUAGAUGUCUCAAGGAUUUCUGUUUCAACAAGACACCCACUAUCUGGGUGAAAAUUUAUUUUCUUCAACUCUUCUCCAAUCCUAAACCGUGGAUGACCAUUACCAGGGGAGUAAGGAUAGUUCCAUUCCAGUCCUGAUGACAUUUCUCGGCCCAAUGUGUUGACUGCUUCUUCCACUCCAUAAAAGCUGUCUGACCUGAGUUCUUCCAGCCUCCACUUAUGCCUACUCCCCCCCCCCCAUUUUGAUGCUAACAGACAGAGAAGGAAUCUAUAGGGCCUCAGUGAGGGGCUUUCUGAGGGAUAGGGUGACAUGUAGGGGUCUGAGAAUCCCAGAAUACGAAGUUUCAGAUAAGAGAUUGUCCUGGUGUCCAGUGACACAGCAUUCUGCUUCGGGAAAUGCGAUCAGGAAACCAUGAGGGAACGGCUUCUUUUUUGGGGUUAAAUUGCCCAUUAGUUGGUAAUGAGAGAUCUUUGUCGUUCUUGAGUGACCCAAGAUGGUUUUAAUGAAGUAGGGGCCCAUUAGGGAGAGGAAUAGCAAUACUUUGCAAAACCAUCAGAUUUCUGAAGCCACCUCUGACGCACAAUGUGCAUAUUUUAAGCCCUGUGAUUUCUAAUACAGUAUCUGUAUACAAUAUACUGUACAUUCCAGCUGUGGCUAACGUGCAAAAGUUUAUAAAAGUCUAUUUUUGAUUGUUUGUUCCUUAGAGAACAAUAAAUGCUUUAAAAACCUCAAUCGGUAGUUUUGUGCUCU